AUGUCCUCCAUCCACUUCAUGUGCUGGCGCUGCGACCAGCCCCUGAAGCUGAAUCAGUCCACGGAGACCCCGGGCCUCGACGCCACCCAAGCAUCUGCGGCUUCCGCGCUUGCCUCAGCUGAGGGGGCACCAAGAGAAACCCAGGAGGGAGGCCCUACCUCCAGGGAGGAGACAGAUAGUGACGAGCUACAGGAUGGUGCCUCUUGCAGGACCCUCCCUGGCGAUGGCAGGAUGUCCGGGGACAGUUCCAACUACUUCAUCCUGCUUGGGAAGCUGAGCUCUGUGAGAACUCUCAAUAGCAUCCAGAAGGCUGCUAGGGACAUUUUUGACAUCCUCUCCAGUGAAAAAGCUGUGAACCAGCCCCUGUGUGAGGACUGUACUGACAAUCUUUUGUUGCAGCUGGACAGCCAACUCGUUCUCACAGCAUCUGAGAGUGAGAACUACCAACGCUUUCUGGAGACCAGGGAGAGGAUGAGUGAGGAUGAGAGGGAGACACUGCAGGAGGAGCUGAAGGGCUUGGAGCUGGAGGAGGCCAGGCUGGUCCAGGAGCUGGAGGAGGUGGACAAGAACCGAGAAAGAGCAGCAGCGGAUCUGAAGGCAGCCCAGGCAGAGACCGAGAUGCUGGACCAGCACGACAGGCAGUUCUGGAGGGACUAUAGUCAACUGAAGUGGCAACAACUGGAACUUCAUGACGAGCUGAGGAGCGUGGAGAACCGGCUGCGGCAUGCCCAGACCCAGCUGGACUGGCUGGAGAAAAUCAAUGUCUUCAGUGUGACGUUUGAGAUCGGGCAUAGCGGCCCCGUGGGCGUCAUCAAUAACUUCAGACUGGGCUGCCUCCCCAGUGUCCCUGUGUGCUGGGAGGAGAUUAAUGCAGCCUGGGGACAGACAGCCCUGCUGCUCCUUGCCCUGUCCAAUACCAUCGGCCUGCAGUUUCAGAGGUAUCGACUCGUGCCCUGCGGAGACCAUUCCUAUCUGAAGUCUGUAAGAGAUGACUCCAUUGAGCUGCCAUUGUUCUGUACCGGGCGGCAGGGUGCUUUCCCGAACGACAAGUUUGACCGGGCCAUGGACAAGUUUGACCGGGCCAUGGUGGCUUUCCUGGACUGCCUGCAGCACUUCAACAAAGAGGCCAAGAAAGGCGAGUCGGGUCUCUGCCUGCCCCACAGGAUUCACGUGAGCAAAGGCCUGAUGGAAGACCCUGGAGGCGGGGGCGCCUUCUAUUCCAUCAGAACCCACUUUAACACAGAGGAGCGCUGGACAAAGGCGCUCAAACUCAUGCUCGUAAAUUUUAAGUGGAGUCUGGCUUGGGUGUCCUUAAGGUAUCGUCAAAAAUAA